AUCUCAAUCUCAAACCAUUCACAAUCACACAAAGCUAUCCCAGCUUCUUUCCUCCUCAUCUCUUUACGAAGAAAAAAAAAUUCUUAUUUCUUUCCUGCACUGUUUUGAAAAUUUUAAAAAUGGCCUCUUUUGUUUCCAGAACUUUCUUAAAUCUACUAUUGGUAGUAUCAUUGUUUCAAGUCUCUUUGGCUAUGAGAAAGCUCAAUGAGCUUGUGCAAGACCAGACCCAGCUCUUGUACCACAAUGGCCCUCUUCUAUCUGGCAAAAUCUCCAUUAAUCUCAUUUGGUACGGAAAGUUCAAACCUUCCCAGAAAGCCAUUGUCACUGAUUUCAUUACCUCCCUAUCAUCUUCACCACCCCAACAAACCGUGCAACCAUCUGUUGCCGCGUGGUGGAAAACCACUGGGAAGUACUACCACCUCAAAUCCAAGAAAUCAUCUUCAUUUUCCCUCUAUUUGGGCAAGCAAAUGGUGGACGAGAGUUACAGAUUGGGAAAGUCACUCACAAGCAAACAACUUGUGGAGUUGGCUUCAAAGGGUGACCAAAAGAACGCCAUUAACGUUGUUCUCACUUCCUCAGAUGUGGCUGUCGAGAAUUUCUGUCUUAGCCGAUGUGGGACUCAUGGGUCUGCACUAGGCUCAAAGGGUGGUCACGUUAAGGGCAAGUACUCUAGGUUUGCUUACAUCUGGGUCGGAAAUUCUGAGACCCAAUGCCCAGGCCAAUGUGCUUGGCCAUUCCACCAGCCCAUCUACGGACCCCAGAGCCCACCCCUGGUUGCACCCAACAACGAUGUGGGUCUAGAUGGCAUGAUUAUCAACUUGGCUAGCCUUUUGGCUGGGACAGUUACCAACCCAUUUGGAAAUGGUUACUUCCAAGGUCCAAAGGAGGCGCCUUUAGAAGCUGCAUCUGCUUGUCCUGGGGUUUAUGGCAAAGGAGCUUACCCUGGCUAUGCUGGGGACUUGUUGGUGGAUCCAACCACUGGUGCUAGCUACAAUGCUCAUGGUGCUAAUGGGAGGAAGUAUUUGGUUCCUGCUUUGUAUGAUCCUUCUACAUCAACAUGUUCAACUCUUGUUUGAGCAAAAAAAAAAAAGUGGAUUAGUAAAUCUAGAGCAGGGAUUAGUGGAAUGUAUACGCUACUUAGGCAGAUACUUUAAUUCUUUUAUUUUUUUUUUUUUGUUAGUAUUGGUUUGCGGAUUAAUAAGAGCAAAUUACUUUGGUUUGCUUCUUAAUCAAAUGACUACUUGCAAAUUUUGUGUC